UGGCCUGAACCUACCUAUUUCACACAAAAAUGGCCGAAAUGGUCCUACAGGCCGUUUGAAGCCGACUGAAAGAGGUGCGAGGUGCGCCCUGGUAACCAGCCGCCCAGAGGUGGGGCCUCCGGGUAAAGGCCACGUGACAGCUUGGAAGCCAGCCACCCGGCUGGCCAGCCAUCCCGGUCUGGAGCAUUGCACAGCGUGCUGCAUCCUUGGAAAUAGUUGUCAGGGGUGAUGGUAGAGGCCCAACGAAGCGUGGCAAGGGCUGCCGCAAACAUUCUUCUGCCCCCCGCUUGGCGUGAGCUGGGUCGGGGUCGACGGAUUGACUUACAGGUUUGUGGGUCUGAAUGGGCUUUAAACUGUUCAUUAGCGGCGACCUGGCUCGAUCUGACGACUGCCACAAGAGCGAGUCGUGACCCACAAGACUCAAGUCCAGCAGCUCAAACUGCGACAUGAGGCUGAUGAAUGCACCUUUGCCAAAGGCUGGUGCCGACGCGCAGUCGAGGCCAAACGAGGAGCCUAGAAAUGAGAUGCCCAGGCUGGAAAAGCCUCAUGCCCCUGUCGCCAAGGCAGAGACCUUCGACGGUAGGCCGAGCCCAAACAUGUCAGGUGGUGGCUCUUCACGCUACACAGGAGUUCUGAAGGUUUUCAAGCAAGAGAGUGGUUAUGGCUUCAUCGACUGCGAGGAGCUGAAAAAGCUCUACGGCUGCGAUGUCUUCAUGAACCAAGGCAUCGAGGGCGGCAUCGUGGUAGGAAGCAUUGUGAGCUUCACCAUUGAGCUGGACAAGAACGGGAGACCGCAGGCGCGAGAAGCCAGACUGGAGGCGGACAAAGAGAACGAGGACGAUCAAGGUGAUCAUCGUCUUCGGAUUGGCGAUGCCUUGGGCAAGGUCUUCAAGGGCACCGUGAAGAGCUUCAACGUUUCCCGGGGCUUCGGCUUUUUGACAGCUCCAGAGCUUCAGCGUUUGUUUCCGGGCAAAGAUGUCUAUGUGGCACAGACGCAGGUUCCAGAUAACCGACCGCUGACCAGUGGGUUUGAGGUGGAAUUUACUCUACACGUCACCCAGCAGGGGCAGCCACAGGCCAAGGAUUUGAAGUUAAUGAACACGUCUCCCGAGCUCGAUUACCUUGGUGAGCCACCAACUGCUGAGAGUGUCGGCCACAAACUCCUUUCGAUGCUGUCUUGAUCCGAAGAUAAUGAACAUGCGGGCCUAUGGACUUGGGAUAUCUAACGAGGUCUGAGUAUCUGCCGCUAGUGCUAUCGCUUGUAGGUUGGAGGCCAUUCUCAGGUUGCUUUUGCUAGUGGAGGCCGCAACUCCGUAGAUCGGACGCCACGUGCCUGGACCUUCACAAGCGCAGUCGCCCUUGAGCCAAUCGGCAGAGUCAACUGAGUCAACGGGACACUUUGUGACUCUGAACCGAGGAACUUGUCAGCUCACUUAGGGACUGCUGGGC